GUCGCCUCGCCUCCUUGUCGCCGAGCAUGUCAUCUGCCAAUGUCACAGAUGACAGUGUCCCGGAUCGCGGUCCGGCAGUCUUCGCCGUGACGAUCGCGACCUUCGUCUUGGCCACUGUCAUGGUCGCCGCCCGUCUAUUUUGCAGACGCUUCAUUGUCAGAAACGUCAGUUGGGACGAUAAGACCAUGUUUUUGGCUUGGCUGAUUGCUUUUGGACUGUCUUUUACCAUCUGUUUUGGCACCCGCAAGGGCCUUGGACGCUAUGAUGAAGAUAUAUCACGAGGGCAUCAGGGUUCGUUGCGAGCGUGUGAAUAUGUGUUUUCGAUUCUAUACAAUCCUGCCCUCAUGGCGACGAAAACCAGCGUGUUGAUCUUCUACUUGCGCCUUUCCAAGAACACCAAGAAAGUGCUUAGAUUUGCCUCUUGGGUCACCCUGGGCAUCGUCAACCUCGCCGGCACUGUCCUCACACUCAUCAACAUUUUCCAAUGCCGGCCGGUCCAGGCGGCGUGGGAAAUAUGGCCCAGCAACGCGCAAUGUAUUCCGCUUCUCACCGAGUUUAUCUGCUCCGCCCCAAUCAACAUCGUUACCGACCUGGCCAUUCUGGCCCUGCCGAUCCCGGUUCUCACGGGAAUGAGAUUGCCGCCGAGGCAAAAAAUCAUCCUCGUACUCACCUUUACUCUCGGUAUCUUCGUCACCAUCGUGGACGUGGUCCGAAUCUACUAUCUUCAGCAGGCCGUGACGUCCGUGCCUACCGGCGUCUCCACGGAUCCCGGCUCCCACUUUGGCGGAACGCCCGACUUUGCUUGGAACUCGUCCUUGUCCUUUAUGUGGUCGGCUGUGGAGGUGAAUGUAGGAAUGGCGUGCGCCUGUAUCCCGACACUCAAACCCCUCAUCAUCAAGAUUCUUCCCGCCAUGAUCAUUGAUCCUGAUGGCACGCGGUCAAGCACCAACACCGAAAAGGAUGCCCCCGAAAGCCCCAGAAACCGAAACGGUAGCGACGGUCUUGUGCCACCCACCAAUCCCAACCAUCGUGGCUCGGUCAACAUCCAGGAGCCCCCGACGACGAUCCGCGCCAGCCGUGACUUCAACGGAGCUAUCAACGUGGACGACAAUGGCAUGUCGGCGCUGGAAUUCCUCACAACGCCGGACAUGACCUUGGCCGAGUUCGAGGCAACUGGAGCGAGCAGACUUCGAGGCGUCCAUACAAGAACCUCAAUGGCGACGAGCAGGGAAAACACCAUUUAUUUCGGUUUCGUCAACAUGAAGCGGCCGAAAAGCAUGGUCAAGUGCGACGCUCACGAAUCGUUUCGUUACUGCCUCGUUGUCACCAUCCUCUUCCUCAUGUGGGGUAUCUCGUACGGCCUCCUAAAUACCCUGAACAACGUCAUUUCCAAUGUGUCCAACAUGACGGUUGCGCAGACUCUGGGUCUCACCACCGCCUAUUUUGGAGGUGGUUAUUUUUUUGGCCCCUUACUGGUAGGGGAAUGGAUCCUGAGGCGAGACGAGCACCAUCGAAGAAACCGCAAGAACAACAAACAAGACGCCGAGAGCGUGGGGGGCUUCAAAGUCACCUUCAUCGUCGGACUCUGUUUCUAUGGUGUUGGAACCAUCAUAUUUUGGCCAUCCGCCGUCACCAAGUCCUGGGGUGGUUUCCUGCUCAGCAACUUCGUCGUCGGCUUCGGCCUGUCUGUGCUGGAGACGGGAGCCAAUGCGUUCCUCAUCUUGUGCGGCCCGCCGGAGUACGGAGAGACGCGAUUGCUUCUCGCUCAAGGCGUCCAGGGCAUUGGGGCCGUUCUGAGCGGCCUCAUGGCCCAACGUGUCUUUUUCACCAAAAUCACCAACCAGGGCGGGUCCGACUCGACGACGCUACUUAACGUGCAAUGGACAUAUCUGGCCAUCACGCUGCUUUGCGUGGCACUCGGCCUCUUCUUCUACUAUAUGCCCCUCCCGGAAUUGAACGACAAUGAACUGCAGGAAUCGGCAGAUCGACUCCCCGUCAACCCCCAGAAGCGCAGCAUCGGCGGUCUGCAACUCCGCACGUGGAGUUUGAUUCUGGCCGUCCUUGCGCAAUGGACAUAUGUUGCUUGCCAGGAAAGCAACAACAUCUUCUUCCGAUCCCUCAUCAUCGCCGUCCUUCCCAACCAGGAGGACUCGGGCGCGGGUGCAACAAAUGCCGACACGAACCCAGGAGAGAACAGCGACAAGCCACCCGGCCUCACGAUAGGCGUCACCGACUAUCAUCUAGUCGCCCACAGCGUAUUCACCAUUUCGCGAUUCAUGGUCGCCUUUCUGACAUAUAUGUCAGUCCGCAAGCCGCGCAUGCCGAAGCCAAGAACGUGGCUGGCCAUCAGCGUUGGACUGUCUAUUCUGUUCGCCCUCCUCACCGUCGUCUGGAAACCGGCGGACCCCAACAUGCUGAUGGUCGCUGUGAUCCUCUUCUAUUUCGCAGAAGGCCCCGUCUGGCCCCUCAUCUUCGCAAUCGGUCUCCGCGGCCAAGGCCGACGUACUAAGCGUGCGGCUGCCUUCAUCACCAUGGGUGGCUCCGGCGCAGCCUUCUUCCCCUAUGUCGUGUAUGCCAUCAUCAACAACGGCGCCACGGUGCAGCUCUCGUUCGUUGUCAUUGUGGCCCUUUUCGCCCUCACGGCCUUCUAUCCCAUCUGGCUGUCGUUUGUGCAUGAUGCCAAGACCAUGACGGACCCUGCGCACUCGUACAUCUCUCCAGAGGAGCGUGUUGCGGGCCAAGACGAGAUAGACAUGAACCGGGAAGUGAGAAGGCGGCGGAGGACAAUGUCCACGAUCGCGGCCAAGAGCAAGCGUGGCAGCAUCUUCAGCAAGAUCUCCAACCUCGGCAGGACCAACGGCGAAAGCGUCACGCCGCCGGCAGUGGAGCAUUCCGAAGAGAAGAAUGCCUCCAGUAAGGCGUCUGAGGGCAGCGACGACACCCAUCGGACGCAGACAGUAUGAGCGAGCGAACCUUUUGAAUAUUUGCAGGGCACACAAGGCAUCUGCUAAGCCUUUAUAAUUAAUUGCUAUAUACCCAAUGAUAAUGAUGUUCAAUGAAUAGAAAAAAAGUUUAUGAUCCAACACUGAAGUCGUGUGCAUGGUAUCUGUGUGUGUAUGCGAAUUUCAGCCCUGAAAAGGAGUAUUACUUCCCCC